GAGGACUACCUCCGGUGCGGCCCCACCGAGUCGAUGCCGACGGCGCUGGCGCAGGCCCUCGGCGCUGGCCUCGCGCUCGAGGCCGGGAGGAGAGCUCGCGGCACCAGCGCCUCGACGUGUCCGUGUGCUCCACGCAGCUCUCGGACACGCUCCUGCUGGACGGCUCCAGCAGGCUCUUCUCGGAGGCAGUCGCCUCGCCGCCGCCCGCGCACGCGCCCGCGCGGGACGCCAUGACCCUCUCCGAGGCCGUCAGUUGGCCGCCCUACAGCGGCACCGUCGACCGCGGCCCCACCGGCCUCGGGGCUGGCGCCGGGGCCUGGUCGGGCCUGCCCACGGGCCCGCUGGGGCCGGCCGACGGGGCGUCUCGUUCGCCGAAGGCGGCGGGGCGGCCCCGCGCGGCGGCCGCUGGCGGCGCGCCCUCCGGCAACCUGCGGGCGGUGCCUUGGCCGGCGUCGCGCUCGUCGCCCAUCCUUCCGUUCACUAACAUGAAGGGCGGCCAGAGGGCGCCCACCAAGUGGGGUGACCCCCUCUCCCUGUCAAUGGACCAGGACUCCUUCGCGAAGGGCUACAUUCCCUGCAUGCUGCCUGGGCUGCCGAGCAGGGAGAAGCGGCCCAGGGCCGCGGUGCUGUAGGCGCCGUCGGAGGCGCUUUUCCGUAGGAGCUGCCAGUCACGACCAAUUCGACCUAAUGUUGUGUUCUGGCUUGAAUGGCGUUUCGCCAGAAGUUUCCAGCAGCGUUCAAGAUUCCCCCACCAGUGCGGCUGAGGGUCAGGAACGCCAAGGCGCACGACCUCGCGCGCUUGCGCCAACCCCGGGGUGGGAGGCUCACCACCGUAGCUGUUUUCUUCAGUUCGUUCUCCUCCCCUCGUCUUCCUUCCUCUUCCUCCAGGCGCGACUGGUUGUGUCUGUGCCAGGUUCAUUUGUUUCUUUUCCCUUUAGUGCGUGUAGGACCUUCCCCAGGCCACUGGGAACCCACGGGGAGCGUUGCAUGGUGUCCACGGGGAGUCGCGCCGUCCCCGUUGGCAGCCUCCUCGAGCCUGGGCGAUACCAGUUGAGGGGGGUGCUGAGGAAGGCCCCCCCGUCCCUGGGGUAGUGGGCUCGACAAGAGCUCCUUCGCGGCGAGCGCUGACGCGGCGGCCGAGGAUUUGACGGCUGCGCCCGAUGAAAGGUUCAAAGCGGCGGGGAAUUACGGCCGCGAUAAGAGCCUGCCCAAAAAAAGGGGGCAGCGCAUCUUGCGCGUGGCGCAGGCCCUCCUGGGCUCUGUGUUUACUGUUUAGGUUUUGACGCGUAGCGCGGGGCCCCUUCAGCUCGGCCAAGAAUUACCCUGGCGGCUCCCGCGGAGUAUCACGUUGCCGAGGUGCCAUCCCCGCCGCGAGAAAAGUCACGGAAUCGCGCCCCCGGCGGGGGUCUAGCGCGUUGGGCCCUCAUUCGCCGCGAAAGACGUCGCUGGGAAGGCCCUGCGCGAAGAGGAGAUUUCGGCCCCGUCCGACUCACGCUCUAGGUGGGCCGCUUCGGGUUCCUGUUUUUUUUCUAUUGCCUCUUUCCCUUUCGGAGCCUCAGGCACCCUGGAGAGAUCCCCCCUCCUGGGGCAGUUUCUGACCGCGCGCGGGAGAUAGCCCCAGGGGACCGAGCGAUUCCACGAUCCUUGCUCCUACUCGUAAGUC